ACGGACUCUCCUGUGGACCAUUUCCGACAAGACCCCACCCAGCCCGGCACCCCUCCCCCUCAUUGGCAUGGUGCUAGGGAUUGGAGGUUCGCUCCGGGUCGCAUUCCAUCUUGUCAGUGGAGGCAGCAACGACUACAUAGGAGACCACCAUAACUACGCCGAGAGCAUACGGCAGCACCCAUUACAAGCCAUCCAACCGAGGACACAGAGCAAAUACACGAGAGGAGAUUAAAGCCAGAGCAGACACCCACCAACAUGAACCGCCUCUUCGGCACCACCGCGCCCAAGGCGCCCAAACCGACGCUCAACUCGGCCAUCAACAACCUCGACACGCGCAUCGCGUCCAUCGACGUGAAACUGGCCGCCAUCAACGCCGAGCUGCAAGGCUACCAGACCAAGCUCUCCAAGAUGCGCGAGGGGCCGGGCAAGACAGCGCUCAAGCAGAAAGCGCUGAAGGUGCUGCAGCGGCGCAAGCAGUACGAGGCGCAGCGGGACCAGCUCACGUCCCAGGUGUGGAACAUGGAGCAGGCGCAGACGAUGCAGGACAACCUCAAGAACACCAUGGUGACGAUCGACGCGCUCAAGAGCACCAACAAGGCGCUCAAGAAGGAGUACGGCAAGGUGGACAUCGACAAGAUCGAGCGGCUGCAGGACGAGAUGGCCGAUCUGCUGGACGUCGGGAACGAGAUACAGGAGAGCCUGGCCAGGAGUUACGACGUUCCCGACGACGUGGACGAGGCCGAGCUGGAUGCGGAGCUGGAGGCGCUGGGGCAGGAGGUCGAGUUGGAACGGGAGAUGGCUGGCACGGAGGGCGCGUUGCCUAGUUUUAUGCAGGAUGAGGUGCCCGAGUUCAUUGACGAGCCGCCUGCUACUACGGGUAAGGUUAAGGAGGCUGCUGGUUGAGGUGUCUGGGUAGCAUUAGGGGGAAAUGGGAGUUUGGGAGUUUAACUUGUGGGAGAUUUGGCAUUUCACCAUGUGAGAGGCACCAUGUUCGCGGAUAGACUUCUAGCA